CCCACGAUGCCGCAGCUGGAACCGACGGGGGGGGACGACCUGGGGGCCCCCGACGAGCUCAUCGCCUUCCAGGACGAGGGCGAGGAGCAGGACAAGGGCGCGGGGCGCGGCUCGGCCCACGGGGACCUGGACGAGCUCAAGUCCUCGCUGGUCAGCGAGACCGAGAACCGCGGGGGCCCCGGCCCCGGGGGCGGCCCCGGCCCCGAGGCGGGGCGGCCCCCCCCCCCCCGGGAAAGGUUCCCGAAACCCCGGGGCCCUCUGGGGAAAGGGCCCGUGGUCAGACGACAACAAGAUGGGGGUUUUUUUAAGGGCCCCCCCUAUCCCGGCUACCCCUUCCUGAUGCUCCCCGAGUUGGGUAGCCCCUACCUCGCCAACGGAGCCCUCUCCCCCGGCGGCGCCCGCACCUACCUGCAGAUGAAGUGGCCGCUGCUGGACGUGCCGGCCGGGGCCACGCUCAAGGACAGUCGCUCGCCCUCGCCCGCACACCUGUCCAACAAGGUCCCGGUGGUGCAGCACGGCCAUCACAUGCACCCACUGACGCCGCUCAUCACCUACAGCAACGACCCCUUCCCGCCGGGAUCCCCGCCCGGCCACCUCUCCCCGGAGAUCGACCCCAAGACGGGGAUCCCGCGGCCGCCGCACCCCCCUGAGCUGCCCCCGUACUACCCACUGUCCCCCGGAGCCGUGGGGCAGCUCCCGCACCCCCUGGGCUGGCUCGUGCCACAGCAAGGACAGCCUGUGUACUCCAUCCCUCCCGGUGGCUUCCGGCACCCGUAUCCCGCCCUCGCCAUGAAUGCCUCCAUGUCCAGUUUGAUGUCCAGCCGCUUCUCCCCACACAUGGUCCCACCGCCCACCCACGGGCUGCACCCCUCGGGCAUCCCACACCCCACUAUUGUCUCACCCAUCGUCAAGCAGGAGCCCACCCAGCCCAGCGCCAGCCCUGGAGGCAGCUCGAAAUCCCCUGUGGCAGUAAAGAAGGAGGAGGAGAAGAAGCCCCACAUCAAGAAGCCCCUCAACGCCUUCAUGCUGUACAUGAAGGAGAUGAGGGCCAAGGUGGUGGCUGAGUGCACGCUGAAGGAGAGCGCUGCCAUCAACCAGAUCCUGGGCCGGCGGUGGCACUCCCUGUCGCGGGAGGAACAGGCCAAGUACUACGAGCUGGCACGGAAGGAGCGGCAGCUGCACUCGCAGCUCUACCCGACCUGGUCGGCGCGGGACAACUACGGCAAGAAAAAGAAGCGAAAGCGCGAGAAGCUGGCGCAGCAGCAGAGCCACGACACGGACAGCUCCCUGCCCUCCAAGAGCAAGAAGCCGUGCGUGCCGUACCUGCCGCCCGAGAAGCCGUGUGCCAGCCCGGCCUCGUCCCACGGCAGCAUGCUGGACUCGCCCGCCACGCCCUCGGCCGCGCUGGCCUCGCCCGCCGCGCCGGCUCCCACCCACUCGGAACAGGCCCAGCCGCUCUCGCUCACCACCAAGCCAGAGGCCAGGGCUCAGCUCGCUGUGCAUUCCACCGUCCUCUCCAGCAAAGCCUCCUCUUCUUCUUCCUCCUCUUCCUCCUCCUCCUCCUCCUCCUCCUCCUCCUCCUCCUCCUCCAGCCUCAGCAGCCCACCCUCGCUCCUCUCCAGACCCAUCCCCUUCCCCUCGGUGCCCCCCACGGCUCUCCUCUCCUCGCCCCCUGGCUCUAUCCCGGCCGCCUUGGCCGUGCUGCAGACGCAGCCCCUUUCCCUGGUCACCAAACCUGCUGACUAAGGGAAGAACCUCAUCCCCCCUCGUCCCCUCCGCCUCUCCCCUCCCCGCUGUACAUUGCAGAAGCCACAAUCAAGAUUCAAACGCAGCCAAAACCAUUAUUGGUCAAUAUUUGACCCUUUCUGAACUUUUUGGAAGCAGACUCUGGAGGAAGGGGCUUUCUACUCAGAGCUGCUGCCAGCAGUCGACCUAAAGACUGUUUUUAUUAAAAAAAUGGAAAAAAAGGAAAAAAAAAUAAUGAAAUAGACCCUCCACAAGCUGCCGACGAUGGGAAUCUCUGUGGGAUGAGCCAGUUGCCCGUCGCUGCCGUGGGGCACAGGGAUGGCACCGGCACGGUGAUGCCGGCACUGAACACAGCGAGUGUUGUGCUGGAGCCGGCAUUCCAUCCUGGAUCCAAGAGCAGGAAUGCCUCCACCUGCUCCCGAAUCCUCCCAUCCUGUGGCUCUGCUCCCAUCCCCGGCUCCCACCUUCGCUCUGUCCUGGCAAGGAGCCGGAUCCUGUCCUGGGGAUGCUGCUCCAUCGGUGCUGCUUCUGCCUGCGGUCGUUCUGGGGUGGGCAGGGUCCGGGGCUGAGCCCUGGGGGGGGUUGUGUUUUUAUCACCUCGAAAUCCUGUUAUUUUUCACAAAAGGAAAUAAAAC